AGGGUUGCCCUUAGCCGUAAAAGCUCUAGGAAGCCUCAUGCAGUUUAAAAGCAGUAAAAGUGAGUGGUUAUCUGUGAGGGACAGUAAGAUUUGGGAUCUACCAGAUGAUGGAAGUACUAUCUUGCCUGCCCUAAGGUUGAGCUAUGACAAUUACCUCCACACUUGAGGCAAUGCUUUGCUUAUUGUUGUAUAUUCCUUAAAGACAGUCGGAUGGAGAAAGACACGCUAAUUGAGCUGUGGAUGGCGAAUGGUUUUAUUCCCUCUAAAGGAGAAACAACUUUGCAUGAUACGGGCCAUGAGAUUUUUAAUGACUUAGUUUGGAGGUCCUUCUUACAAGACGUGGAGGAGAAUUUAUAUGGCAAAACAGUAUGUAAAAUGCAUGAUCUUAUGCACGAUCUGGCGCUAUCUAUUAUGCAAUAUGAUUUACUAUAUGUUAUGGACUCGCAUAAGGAUCUGAAAGUUCCAGGAAAGGUUCGUCACUUGCUUCUUAACAGUCGCUCAGCAGGGGGAGUAACUUGGAAUGAGGCUAUGCUUGAAGUUCCAUCUCUACGGUCAUUAGUUUUACAUCCAAACACUGAUUUUUCUUGGGAAGAAGUGUCUCCUUGGAUAUCGAAACAGAAGUAUCUCAGGGUGUUGGAUUUGAGCGCUGUUGGCGAUACUUUGGUGAAGGUACCAAGAUUAAUUACCAACUCCAACCAUCUUAGGUACCUCAACAUGUCGUACUGUAACAUAGUACAUGUACCAGAAUCAGUAUGUGAUCUCCAAAACCUGGAGACUUUGAAACUUUUACAUUGUUAUAAGCUUUGUAAGUUGCCCAAACGCAUGAAACAUAUGAGAAAUCUCAUAUACCUAGACAUUAAAGGGUGUCAUUCUCUUAUUUCUAUGCCUCCUAAAUUGGGACAACUGACUUCCCUACGAAGACUAAGCUUCUUCAUUGUUGGCCAGGAUGAGGGUUACCAUAUUGGUGAGCUGAAAGAAUUAAAUAUUGCGGGGGAGCUGGAAAUAAAGAAACUUGAUAAUGUAAGCAGUCCCGUGGAUGCCGAGAGUGCCAAUUUGAAGAGGAAACAGGAUCUUGUUUCAUUGUGUUUACGUUGGAGUGAUCACCAAGCAGAAAACUUACCCAAUGAUGUUGAAGGGGUGCUUGAGAGUCUCCAACCUCACUCGAAUCUGAAGAAGCUGAGUAUAAGUUAUUACCGAGGUUCAAAGUUUCUAAAUUGGAUGAUGUGCUCGGUUCUUAAAAAUCUGGUUGAGCUCUCUCUAUAUUCUUGUUCACGAUGUGAACAACUUCCGCCUCUUGGGAAACUACACUCCCUUAAAAAACUCGUUAUCUGGGUAAUGGACUCUCUGAAGUGCUUCGACCCUGAGUGUUACGGAGAUGGCGAAAUUUCAUUCCAAGCACUGGAGACACUCAGUCUCCAACGAAUGCCGAGUUUGGAGGAAUGGACGACAAUGGAUAGACAAGAUGUUUUCCCGUACCUACGAGAGUUGGAUAUACACGGCUGCCCCAAGCUAACUAAUUUGCCUGCCCUUCCAACACUUAAGAGUUUGCGGAUCGGUGACAAUGACAUGUUAGUCAAGUCAGUGAAUAAUCUGACUUCGCUUUCGGAUGGAUUGUUUCAAAAUCACGAGGCCUUGGAGUCCCUAGAGCUAAUGGAUAUGCCCAAUAUCGAGACUCUACAAAAUCAGAUGUCUGGUUUGUUUUCUCUGAAGCGAUUGACACUUGCUGACUGCCCUAAACUAGGAAAUUUGGCAGGACUCGAAAUCCUAAACUCUCUGGACACACUUUAUAUAAGUGGAUGGGACAGUCUUACGGACCUUAAGGGCUUGGAAGGCUUAACUUCCCUCAGAUACUUUGGAAUUCAUAACUGUCGCAAACUAAGGUCGUUGUUGGAGGGAAUGCAACAUCUGAAGGUACUCCGAGACUUGCUUAUCGAUGGAUGUCCAGAGAUACAAUCUUUUCCAGAGGGCAUGCGACAUUUGAAUUCUCUCCAGCGUAUACGGAUAUGGGGUUGCCAAGGAUUAAUUACUCUACCAAACUGGCUAGGAAGCCUCCAGUCGCUAUCAUACUUGGAGAUUGGGAGUUGUAGUAAUCUGAUGUCUAUGCCGGAUGGGCUGAGGGGUCAAAAGAAUCUGAGAGAGCUGGGAAUUAGCAGAUGUCCAAAAUUGGAGAGGCGAUGCAAGAAAUAGAGUGGCGAGGAUUGGCUGAAGAUAGCUCACAUACCCACUAUUUGGAUCAACUACGAACAAGUACAGUCCUUGGACGAUUGACAGACAAUCUAGAAACUUUGGUUCGAUAUCAGUUACCCAUGGUGGUGAUAGUUUUCAACAACAGUGGUGUCUACGGCGGCGAUAGGAGAAGCCUUGAAGAAAUUAUAGGGCAAAGGUUAUCUUGUUGGGACACCCGAUGAACUCAAAUCUUUUGCGGCCCAGAAGCCAGGUGUGAUAAACGUCACGGUAGAUCCUUAUGUUGGUGUUGAAAGUGGGAGACUUCAGCACAAGAACUGAGG